AUGCAUCACUUUCUGUUCUGGCUUUUUGCCUUCGCCGGGGUCUCAACGUUUGAUCAUGAUCUCCAAGGACGUACCAACACAUUCAUAAAGGAAAGGUUGAUUCCAGUUUUGAGGGAACGAAAUGUCAGAAACACCAACUUCAAUCGGAUCAAAAUCUGCUUAUGCUCAUCGGAUGCUGGUUGUACUGCCAGAACAAAAGGAUAUAUCCCAAAUAUCGGGGAUGGAUUGAAUGCAUCAGAGAAAGCGUUGUACAAGAAUGCUUGUUAUACGGAUGGAAACUGCUAUCAGAAUCAACAGACAGGAUCACACCAUGAUUUCGGAUGCAUUGAUUCGAGUUCGAAAACAGAUGAAACUGAUUUCCAUAAUACUGCAUCACAAGUAUGCUUGAAUAUCACAACUGGAGACCGCAGGAGCUCCUGGGUUUGCUGUGACGACACUAACUUUUGCUCGAAUCAAACUAUGAUAGUGCUGCCCGACUCAUCACCAGUAGCUCUGGGAUCCUUAAAAUUCAUUACAAUUGCUGUGGUGGUUGUAUUCGUUGUGAUAGCUGCAAUCAUUAUCGUCUCCAAUAGAGGAUGGUUCGUUGAAUACGCGAGAACACAGGUCCCUAUGUUGGUGAAAGAAGAGAAGCUGAACAAGGUCAACGACAUAGAAACCAACAACCACUACCAGUCAUCAGAAAGCUUCUCUUGUGAUGCACCAAGUACCGUACUCACGACACUUCCUGGCUUCCCAGACCCUUUCAAAAUGUUGCCAAUGGCUUUCCAAGAUAUGUUGAGUUUCCUUGGAGGAUCAAGUGGGACUGGAAAUUGUGAAAUUGAGCUAGCGCCAGCUAGUUUUGCGAAAAAGAUUAUGAUUGAAAACCAAGUUGGAUUCGGACGUUUCGGAGUUGUUUACCGUGCAACUUACAAGCAUGAGAGUGUUGCUAUAAAAGUAUUCAAUGAAAGCAACGAGUCAUCAUUUGCCACCGAAUUGCACAUUCUUAAUAACAAGCUCAAUCAUCCACAAGUACUUCGACUGAUUGGAGACGAUAGAACUGAUCAUUUGCUGGGAGUUCGCACUUGGAUUGUCACCGAAUUCCACGAGAAAGGAUCGCUUCAUGAGUUCUUGGAUCGGAAUACAAUUGAUAUGGAGAGAUACUUCAAUCUCAUGUAUUCCGCGGCAGCCGGUCUCAGCUAUCUUCAUGACACUGCUCCUGGAAAAUCUACUGAGGAAUACAAGCCAGAGAUCGCUCAUAGGGAUAUCAAAACCCGGAACAUUCUUGUCAAGAAUGACUUCACUUGUGUUUGGGCUGAUUUUGGACUGGCUCUUGCCAAACCAGCUAAUGGUGCAAAACUUCCGGAAAAUAUUGUAAAGAACUACAAGUGUGGAACUGUGCGCUACCUCGCACCAGAGAUUCUCAAUUCGACAAUGCAAUCAUCAGAAUUUGAGAGCUACAAGAUGGCGGAUAUGUAUUCGUUUGCAUUGGUGAUGUGGGAAACACUCUGUAGAGUUGAGCAUGAGGGAAUCACUCCGAAAGAUCCAAGCUCAGUGCUUCCUUACGGUGAAUACACUCCAAGAGAUCCAACCGACGCUCAAAUGAUUGAUGUGGUUUAUAAGAGAAAGUUGCGACCAACCGUUGAUCAAUUAUGGACCAAGAACAAGGACUACAAAGGAAUAAUGGAUAUCAUCUCAAUUGGAUGGAGUAACAACCCAACUGCUCGUUAUACGGCCAAUAGUCUUCAAACCAAGCUCUUCUAUCGUAAGAAGGAUUUCACUGCGAAGAAUGAGGCAUUGAAAAAGAAGAUGGCAAUGCUUGCCGCACAAGCACCAUUCCCACCACCACCACCAGCUCCGCAACCGACUGUUUCACAACCAUACACGAACCAGAAUGAAGAGUCAAUUCCAAUGGGUACAAUUCGUACCAAUAACAGAGUCCGAGAUUCCGUGGAGCAGCCUAUCAUCAACAAAUUUGGAGUCGUCGACGAAACACAAGAAGCUCUGAUUCCACUUGUCUAA